GGAUGCAGAUUGGCCAAUGGGUUAUGAUUUGGCAUAUUUUCAGGAGACAAACAUUUCGGGGUCUAUUGGUUCUGUAAAUUAUCUUUAUUCCUCUCGCUAUAAGGCCUGACUUAUUUUGUCUGUCACGUAAUAUAUGUUUUGUGUGUCAUUAUUUAAUAGUAUAGUCUAAGAGUCGUUCAGAAAAAUAUUUAAAAGCCGUAGAUAACAUGCUCUUGUUGCAUGGGACAGCUAGCUAUCCAUACUAGCUACCCUGCCUAGCUAAUUUCGAGGCUGUCAUAUCAAUUAUCAGCUGGCUUGCUAUCAACAAGCUAGCCAGUUAAUUGUACAAACGUAUCAAAACGUCAGCUACUAAAGGACGGCAUUGGAAUGAGCAGGUGACAUGACACUCCAGCACCGAAUUGACGUUUGAAUAAGGUCCUUCAAAGUACAUUGGGGCAUGCAGGCAGACAGUUGAGACCAUUAUGAGGGCACCCCAGGCCAGCAGGAGCCUGUGAACGGCCAUAACACCCUCUCUGUCUACUCUCUAACCAGACAACCUUCCCCUCAGGUGUUAGGCCUAGUUUCUCUCUCACCCUUGUUAUGCCCCUUUCACUGCUUUGGGGAUAGAGGAACGUUCAUAAAGGGAAGAGAGAUGGCCUUCAUAUUGGUUUAGGAAGACAAGCAGACCUUGUAUUUUCCCCUGCUAUGCCCCAGCUGACCCAGCCCCUACAGCCAUGAGCUCUGCCCUGUGGAGCCAGGAGAAGCCCAGUGGGGGCUUCAGGGAGGACUGGCGCUUCUACAUGGUGGUCAAGGAGUGUACAGUGGAGAAGCCUCCCCAGAAGACCUUGAGGAUCCCCCGGGGCAGCCUGGGACAGGCCUGCCAGGAGAGGAACAGCCUGGGGCGCACGCUGCCCCCCAGCAAAGGCAAGAGGAGCCUACGCGUCCUGGACCAGACCAAUGUGGUGCUGAGCCUGGAUGAGCGGGACGUCCUGGAGCUGGAUGAGAAGCUAGCUGAGCUGCUGUUCCCCAUCACCAACUGUGAGGAGCGCUAUGCCCUGCUGUGCAACAAGCCCAGGCUGGAGCGGGCCAGAGACAUCGACUGUGGCUCCAAGGUGCGCGUGCAGCUGCGUUCGGGUGAUGAACCUUUGCCCGGGGUAGUCCGAUUUAAAGGAUCUCUCCUCCCAGACAGGGCUCUCUCCGGGGUCUGGUUUGGAGUGGAGCUGCUGGAGGAGGGCAGAGGCCAGGGCUUCACAGAGGGCUCCUACCAGGGCCGACAGCUGUUCCGCUGUGAAGAUGAGUGCGGGGUGUUCGUGGCCCUGGACAAGCUGGAGCUGUGGGAUGACGAGGAAGAGGAGCUGGGAGAGCUAGAGGUGGAUCACGUCAUCCUGGUGGAAGAGGAGAUGGAUUUCCAUCCGCUGGAGAUCAACUCCAGGGUCCUGGUCCAGACCAGAGAGGGGCCGGAGAGGGGAACCAUCAUCUUCUGUGACCUGCUGCCUGGGAACGAGAGCCUGGGGUACUAUGUGGGAGUAGACAUGGACAAUCCUAUUGGGGACUGGGAUGGUGUUAUCGAUGGGAAGCUGCUGUGUAAUUUCGCCAGUCUGGAACACACCCGUCUAGUCCCCAUCUGUGAUGUAAUGCCAGAAUACUCCAUGCAGGACCAGAGGCUGCAGAAGCACAGUUUUACCCCCAGAGGCAGCAGCAGUGACAAGUCCUCCUCUGGCCAAAGCAAACCAAAGUGCAAAGGCUUAGGUCUUCAGUGUGGGAGUAGAAGCAAGUCAGAAUUGUAUUAUACUUUAAAUGGCAGCUCUGUUGACCACCCAGUCCAGGCCAAAUCCAAAAGCACAUGGUACAUUGAUGAAGUAGGGGAAGACCCUGCCAAGUCCCUCACAGACACGCCCCCUGACUUCAAUGAAACCACACCUCCUACCAGGGCCCCGCCCUCUGCUUCCUUGUCCAUUGACAACAAGUUCCACUCCCUGCCCUUCAGCCUGAGCCGUAAGACUGGGCCCAAUGGCAGCCUGAGCCAUGGACCCCUCUCCCUCUCCGUGCAGUCAGUGAUGGGAGAGCAGAUGCAGAUGCCAGAGCCCACAUCGCCCAGCCCUCCCUCCCCGAGGCCCCCCUCACCCCCCAGCUCUCGCGGGGGUGGGGGAGUGCCUGGUCUGGAGGUGGGGUCCCUAGUGGAGGUGAAGGAGAACCCGCCUCUGUGUGGGGUCAUCCGCUGGGUGGGGCUGCCCCCGGGACUACCAGAGCCACUGGCUGGCCUGGAGCUGGAGGAAGAGUGUGUUGGCUGUACAGACGGCACCUUUCAAGGUACCCGCUACUUCAGCUGCGCGCCCAAGAAGGCCCUGUUUGUGAAGCUGAAAUGCUGCAGGCCUGACUCCCGUUUCCCCUCCCUACACCACUCCUCCAACCCCAUAGAGAGAUGCAACUCUAUCGCUUUCGGGGGUUAUCUGAGUGAGGUGGUGCAUGAGAACACUCCUCCACGCACUGAGAAUGACGGUCUAGACAUCAUGGUGGGCAAGAAGAAAGGUAUCCAGGGACACUACAACUCUUGCUACCUGGACUCCACACUCUUCUGCCUGUUUUCCUUCAGCUCAGUCCUGGACACAGUUCUGCUGAGGCCGAGGUCCAAGACUGACGUAGAGUAUUACCGAGAGACACAGGAGCUGCUACGCACAGAGAUAGUCAACCCCCUGCGCAUACAUGGCUAUGUGUGUGCCACUAAAGUGAUGAAGCUCAGAAGGAUACUGGAGAAGGUAGAAGCUGCCUCAGGGUUCACGUCUGAAGAAAAAGAUCCUGAGGAGUUCCUCAAUAUUCUGUUCCAUCACAUAUUGAGGGUGGACCCCUUACUCAAGCUGAGGUCGGCAGGUCAGAAGGUUCAGGACUGCUACUUCUACCAGAUCUUCAUGGAUAAGAAGGACAAAGUGGGCGUGCCAACCAGCCAGCAGCUCAUAGAGUGGUCCUUCAUCAACAGUGACCUCAAGUUUGCUGAGGUGUCCUGUCUGUAUGUCUGGCUGGCUGUCUGUCAGUGGUUGGGUUGCUCAGAGGCUCCUUCCUGCCUUAUCAUCCAAAUGCCUCGCUUUGGGAAGGACUUCAAGAUGUUCAACAAGAUCUUCCCCUCACUAGAGUUAGACAUCACAGACUUACUUGAAGACACUCCCAGGGAGUGUCGAAUCUGCGGGGGUCUGGCUCUGUAUGAAUGCAGGGAGUGCUACGAGGACGGUGACAUCACUGCCGGGAAGAUAAAACAGUUCUGUGAAAAGUGCAAUACACAGGUUCACCUCCACCCGAGGAGGAAGGCCCAUCGCCACGGCAAGUUGUCCGUCCCCAAGGAACUGCAGGAGGGUGUGUGGCGGCAGGGUAGCUUCCCUCGCCAGCGGAUGGAGCUGUUCGCUGUGCUCUGCAUCGAGACCAGUCACUACGUGGCCUUCGUCAAGUACGGCUACCAAGACUCCGCAUGGCUCUUCUUCGACAGUAUGGCCGACCGCGACGGAGGGCAGAAUGGCUUCAACAUCCCCCAGGUGUCUCCAUGUCCGGAGGUGGGGGCCUAUCUGAAGAUGACCCCUGAGGAGCUGCACGCCCUGGACCCCAAAAGCAUCCAGGGCCAGGCCCGCCGUCUGCUGUGUGACGCCUACAUGUGCAUGUACCAGAGCCCCACCAUGAGCCUGUACAAGUAGAGCCCCUGGGGCAGGAGACUCCCAGACAGACAGAUAGACAGACGGCAGAGCUGCAGUCCAGAGCUCUCUCCCUGUGUCCCCACCUCCUCCUCAAUGCCUGCCCCUGUCUCCUCAGUCUACUCUGCCCAAAGUGAAGACUAUAAAAGAGAAUAGCUUAUUUGCACUGUGCAUUUGUUGAAGUGUUGUUGUUGUUGUUUUCCCUCUGUGGUGAACAACAAAACAAGCUGAUCUUGACGUCAGUAGCUUCCCUGUGCCUCGUAGCUGAGUGGGACAGCGGUUGAUGGAGACACGAGAAGCCCGCUGAAUAUUAUUUUCUUCCUGUGGAGAGGAAGAGGAGAGAGCGAGAGAGGGGGACAGCAUGCUCGCCUCGGCUGACCAAACAUGCGAAACAAAAACAAGCCAUGUUAAUGGAAGGACAGAGGCCACCUCAUUUACCUAAAGCAGGGGGAGUCCUGCUUUUCUUAAUCAGUGUAAGAGAUGGGAGCGCUCCAUAAUUCAACUCAUAGUGGAAAUAAUGUUCAAAACCCUCAACCAACUAUGUAUACGGUUUAAACAGCUUGUCUUAAGACCUCCUUAGUACCAUGAUCCAUUAUGUCAGAUGUGUACCACCACCAACAGUAUAUUUGUGUCAACCGAAUAUAGCAUUAGGAUCAACCAGAAUACUUUGGUUGGCAUAUUUCCCUAUUAUACCUUGUAGAUUUCAUGAAAGUGUGUGUGUUCCAAAUGGAUAUAUGGUAAGAGGCGGCUGUAUGACAGGUCUCCAUGCAGUCAGAGGACAGGUCAGGUACUCUAAAGCCUGGCAAGUGUUUUUGAAUUAACAGGUUGUGGAAAUAUUCAACUGAAAUUGUACAUUUCGAUUUUUCUUUUUUGUAAGUCUCAAGGCAUUGUGUGUCAGCAAACUAAAUUAUUUUAUAUCUAAACUUUUAACUGCACUCAAGACAUGGCAAACUCCUGCUUGACAUUUGUCAUACUCAAUACUUAUCUAUCUGAUGAGACAAACAGUAUAUGCCUUUUGUGUCUUUUUCAUACAUUUGUGACAGUCAACUCCCCAACCAUGGAUCAAAAUCAAGUAACUUAAAAUACAGUAUAUACCUAAUUAUAUUUUAAUCUGAAUAUAUUUACAUUCUCGUAUAAUAUAAAAAAUAUAUUAAAUAUAAUCUUUACUCCUCCUCCCAUCUCUCACCAGAUAUUGAAGUGAGUUCUUGUGAUUCAUGCUGUCCCAUUAAUACUACUGAAUGUUACCACCAGUGGCAUGCUGGGUAGUGUAGUUUAAUGUCACAAUGAAGGCCUGAUUGGGAGGUUCAAUGCUGGUUUCCAGAUGACUACAACCUCCACAAAGCCCCAUUGUGAUUGUUUUCCCAGGGACCCUCAAAGGGGACAUUAUUACUGUGUGUGCUUGUUUCUGCACUGCUGAAGUUUAAUGCUCGUCACAGACAGACAGGAGGACUUUCUUUACUCCACGGGAGCCUGUGAGUCUCUGAUAUGGAUAUCUAUGAACAUUGACUUGGGCAUCUAUCUGUAAAGUAUAUAACGGAUGCAAAUGAAUGUCAGUGCUGUUCUCGUAAAUGUUAACUAAAUUAAAACCCCUGUUUUGAAAAGUGUU